AUGGCUCAUGACAAUCUUACGGCAGUUACUGAAUUUAUCCUUUUGGGACUGACAGAGGGUGCUGACCUGAAAGUGGUCCUCUUCAUACUGUUCCUGUUGAUUUAUAUCAUUUCUUUAGUGGCUAAUCUGGGAAUGCUCCUUCUCAUUUCCAUCACGCCCAAACUCCACACACCUAUGUACUAUUUUCUUAGCUGCCUGUCAUUUGUUGAUGCUUGCUACUCCUCAGUCUUUGCGCCCAAAAUGCUGCUGAACUUCUUUGCUGAACAGGAAACCAUCUCAUUUACUGCUUGCAUUGUGCAAUAUUUUUUUUUUGUUUCCCUCCUUACCACUGAAGGGUUCUUGCUGGCAGCGAUGGCUUAUGACCGCUAUGUGGCCAUUGCAAAUCCUUUGCUUUAUACAGUGGCCAUGACGAAAAUAGUCUGUGUGCUCCUGGUUGCAGGAUCCUGUGUGGGAGGCUUAAUUAACUCUUUAACUCACACACUGGGUCUGGUGAAACUCUCUUUCUGUGGGCCGAAUGUCAUCAGUCAUUUUUUCUGUGACAUUCCACCCUUGUUAAAGCUGUCUUGUUCCAACACAUCCAUGAACGAAUUGUUGCUUUUAAUCUUCUCCGCUGUGAUCGCCAUGAUCACAUUUUUAACUGUCAUCAUCUCCUACAUCUUCAUCGUUGCCGCCAUCCUGAAGAUCCGUUCGGCAGCUGGUAGACACAAAGCCUUCUCCACGUGUGCCUCACAUCUGACAGCGGUGACUUUGUUCUACGGCUCUAUAAGCUUUAGUUACAUACAACCAAGCUCCCAAUACUCCCUAGAACAAGAAAAGGUUGUGUCUGUGUUUUAUACUCUGGUUAUUCCCAUGUUAAACCCUUUGAUUUACAGCCUACGGAACAAGGAUGUAAAGGACGCUGUGAAGAGGGCGAUAGAACUUAAACAUUUCCCCUGCUAA